GGGAGUCUGGCGUUUCAUUUUCAGUUUGAUGUUUUUCUAAGUAUGGUAUUGCAGAGAUAUUCACAUGGGGCAGGGAAUUGAGGAUUAAAAUUUUGGAGGGAGUCAGCGCCGGUUCGAAUUUCAAAAGAAUCUGCCAUGGAGAACACAAAGAACACAGGAAACAUUUCAGGAUCCGGCGAUUCUAACGCAGCGGCGUUCAUGGCCGACCUAUUGCAAAAGCUUGGGGGGCCGGAAGAAGCGAUGAAAGCAUUUGCUAUGUUCACCACCAUGAUGGAACAGACCGCACAGGCUGCUUCAACAUCUGCCGCACCACCACCACCAAAAAUUUCAGGGGCUUCACCACCCCAACCAGAGGCCGUUCAUACCGUCGCAGAAACAACCGCCGCAGACAUACGAGGAGAGGAGACAGAUCUGGCAGCGGGGUUGGAACUGUUGGCUGUAAGCGAACCAAGGAAAGAAACCCUAGGUACAUCUGUGAGUGUGGAUCUGUCUGUUGUUUUGCCUGUUAGUAUUACUGAGGGGGAAACCCAUGUUGCUGAGAAAUUCGAAGAGGGGGAAACCCCUGGUGUUUGUGUGAGUGUUUCAGAGGGUGACGAAGCCCUAAUUUCUGAGGAGGCUGUGGAGGGGGAAACCCUGGAAGUUUUUUGGGGGCAGUAAGGCCCAUGUUUCUGAGAAUGUAAGUGAGGGGAAGACCCCUGAAAAAGCUGUGGGUACUAAGGCCCAGGAUGAGGAAGAGUUGGUUGGGGUAGAAACCCUUAUCUACAUCAAGGGGGCAACCCCUUUGUUGAAUGAGGAGGGAGAAGCCCUCAUUUCUGAAAAUGUACAGGAGCCCGCAGGCGACGGGAUGAAUUUGUUGGUAGAUCUGAUCGAUGUUCCAGAGGGGACUGUUUCGCCGAUAAGUGCAAGAGAAGUAAGGAGGUAAGCUCGUCGGAGCUUGAUUGAUGAGAUUGACGAAUCCGUCCAGCAAACGGAUGAAGGAUCGCUGGGUCUAGCAACCGCAGCCCCUGAGCAGGCAAACUCUCCCAGACCUAGCAGUGGAGAGAAAGAAGAGGAGGAAAGCCGCCACGCGACCGAGAGAAAGAGGAAGGGAAAACAGAUUGCUCCUUACUCGACCAAGAAAGCAAAAGGGAAGUCCGUUGAACCCUCUCUUCCUCCACCUGCUAAGGUACCAUACGCUGCUGGAUCCGAAAGCCCUGCUAGGUCCAGUGAUUCCGACGAGGAACAAGAAGAGGAGCUCAAUUUCGAGCCUAUAGAAAUCUGGAUCACCAAGGAAUUGCUGGACGCUGUGAGGAAGUUCACUGACCCAAAACGUGCCGCGACGUACAAAGAGAAGAGCGCCGUGGGAAAGUAUGCUAAGUCCGGGAAGAUGUAUGACCCAGAGGAGCUCAAGGAGAUUGCGUCCAACAACGAAUUUUGGGAGUACAUAGAGGCAAUCGGAUUUGACUGGCUGCUCAAGCACAACACCUUCGAGGUUCCGAUAGCCUUGGCACGACCUUUCGGUUUAAGUGCACCACUGACUUGGAUGCUGACUCCAUUAACUUUCGCCUCUUCAAUGAAGAGCACGUGAUGAGCAUCAGAGAGUGGACUCUCCGGAAGGGUUUGCUGACACGUACAUAGGACGACAAAGGUUUAUGGAAUGAGAGAAUGGUAGGACCGCCUAAGUCCACACCCGGUUUCAAGCCACAGAGUGCUUGGGAGUUUGUUACCCACCCAAGGGUGGGUCAGUUUAAGACCAGCUUUCGAAAGCCCACCACAUCGAGAAUAGAAUCUUGCGAUUUGCCUAUAAUCUGAUGGGCACCGCCAACAACGCCUUGACAACCCCUGACCUUUAUUUUACUUGGUGUAUGGCCAAGGGGGUCCGUGUUCAUCUAGGCUAUUGGCUUGCCCAGGCUUGCCUCCAGGUAACUGCCAACCCUUCCAGGCAUUUAUACACAUGUCAUCUCCUAGGGGCUUAUUUGCAGCGCAACGUGAUCUUGAAAGUCCAUAAAGUCUGCCGAGGAGUGGAGAUGUGCCUACCCUCAGAAGUUUUCAAUAUGGAUUAUUUCUUCAACAAGGGGCUCCUAUAUACGCAUGGAAAGGAGGUAUGUUUUUACGAGGUUGGCGGGUCAGAAGUUCCGGGGAAGCAGGAAACGGCGAGUGUGGAGGCAGGUGCUAAGAUCGGAGUUGAAGAAAUGAGACGGAGGUGGGAUGGAUGCGAUCCGAAAUUAAGAUGGUUAUGGAGGGGAUUGUGACCCUACAGGGUAAUAAAAAGGACAGUGUCGAGGUAGAGAAAAUAAGGAAGGAGGUAACUGAAGUCAGAAUGGAAGUCGAGCGAGUCAGGGAGGAAAUUGUGGCCCUCAAGGGGCGCAUUAAUGAUCUUGUGGACACAUCGUCUAAGCGCACUGAGAAGAUAGCGGAGGGCGUCUCGCUAAUGAUGAUGAUGGCAAAGUGGUUUCGUGACAGAUUCCCUGAUUCACCAAAGUCACUUUCUGGACCUGGCAGCGGUUCCAAAUCACCGGGUCCAGGAAGUGUAGCUAUUCCGAAACCCCCACAGACAUCGAAGCCCUUGACUACCCCAUCCUCUACUAGACCGUUGAUCGUGAAGAAGACAGUCCCCAGACCGAGUGAGACAGAGAAGGAGACGCAGGAAUCUCCGGCAAAGAAGAAAGCCAAGGUGACCCAACCUUCCGCCCCGCCCAAGUCUGGCUCCCGCAGGGGCCAGACCCCUAAUUGAUUCCCCCCCCCAAACCAAGUGUAUAGAAGAAAUUCGCCAGGUCCAGGAAAAGAAGGAGG